UUCCGUGGAAGGAACAUUCCGCCGGCGAUUUCCCUGCAUUUUAGCCCGCAAUGAUCCCGAUACCGCUGGUUGUUGUGGUGCUGGGAGGAUGGUGUGCUCUUUACCUGGCCGACACCUUUCUCAUGUCCUCAAAAUCUUUGAAGACCUCUUAUGAAAAUUGGCUCUCUGAGCGAGGAUUAAGCAUAUCACCAUUUCACAUACGUUGGCAAACAACAAUUUUUAAUCGACUAUUUUAUAAGUGGGGACGAUGGAAGCCACGAUUCUUGUAUUUAUGGUUCACCUUGGGAAUGUUUUUCGGAAUCAUUGCAAUGUUUGGCUCCAUGAUCCUGUUGGGGAAAACACUCCAUCAAACUCUAAAUCAGAUGAUGGCUGAGAGCCCAGCGUCCCAGAAUGAACGAAUCCUGCAAGUUGUGGUGCCGGGUGUAAAUCUACCCAUCAGCCAGCUGACAUAUUUCUUCUCCGCAAUCUUCAUCAGUGGUGUCAUACAUGAAAUCGGGCAUGGAGUGGCAGCCGUAAGAGAAACUGUGCGAUUCAAUGGCUUUGGGAUGUUCAUCUUCAUUGUGUAUCCUGGGGCUUUUGUUGAUCUGUUGACAUCUCAUCUCCAAAUGGUUUCUCCAGUUCAGCAGUUGCGGAUAUUUUGUGCAGGAGUCUGGCAUAAUUUCAUCCUUGGAGUGAUUGGCAUCUUGAUAAUAUUUUUGCUUCCUGCCUUGCUGUUUCCAUUUUACUAUACAGGAGUUGGUGCCCUAAUCACAGAGGUUGUAGAGGAUUCUCCUGCCAGUGGACAAAGGGGACUGUUUGUCCGAGAUAUUGUCACUCAUGUUCAGGACUGCUCUGUGACUAGUGUAGAGGACUGGCAUACAUGCCUGGCAGACAUAUCACAGAAACCUCAAAUCGGCUACUGCAUUAACUCUGCAACCCUUCAACAACUUCACUUCCCAAGCAGAGUGUACAGAAGGCUUGAUGGCUCCGUUGAAUGUUGCAGUAAUAAUAGUCUUACUGACAUAUGUUUCUCAUACACCAAUAACAUGCAGAGUCAAACGUAUGCUUGUGUGCCAGCAAGAAAAGCUAUUCAAACAAGCAUAGAGUGUCGAUCGAAUUUAGACUGCCAAAAACAAGCAGCAUCGAGUGUGUGUGCAGUCCCAUCGAUUGAGAAUCAAACUCGCCUGAUAAGGGUAAAACACCCACCGGAGAUGGAGAUGUUAUUUAUAGGCUAUCCUAUGCACCUAGAAUAUGCAGUGAGUCUAAGCAGUUUCAUUCCAAGAUACAACUUUCUCAGUAUACACUUUCCACUGGUCAUAGAGACCUUCUGCAAAUAUCUAAUUUCUCUAUCAGGAGCUCUGGCUGUGAUCAAUGCAGUACCAUGCUUUGCUUUGGAUGGACAAUGGAUACUUAACUCUUUCCUUGAAGCUACCUUAAGCUCUGUUAUAUUAGAAAAAGAGAACAGAGAGCUCUUUGGUUUCUUUAUCCUAUUAGCAGGCAGUGCUUUGUUAACGGCCAAUGUGGUUCUUGGACUUUGGAUGGUCACAGCCCGGUAGCCUUAUCUCUCUUCUUAUGGUAGAACAACAAAUACCACAGAAAGGGCUGAUAAUAACUGGCUCAAUUCAAUUAGAUCAACUUGUAUUGGUAUCCAUUUUAGAUGCAGCAUAUAAACGAUUCCACUUGUUAUCGUACAAUCCAUCCAGUUAAAUAGCAGGAGAAAAAAAAAAAAGAACAGCCUUUUGGCUUAAAGAAAUAGUCCUUCUUGUUUUGAACUGUUCAACUAAAUGAAUAAAUAGAAGACCUCAAUUCAUCAGUCAACGAAGAAUAGAAAAAUGCUAGAAGAAAUGUGCACAGCAGGCCAAUAAUCCAUUAUCAGAUUGAUUGGGAAAGAUAAUGUUUGACCUUGAAAAGAAGUAUUCACGCAAAAUAGUUUUUGGUGGUGGUGGUGGUAUUUUUAUCCAUUAUCUUCCUGAAGAGGAUAGAAACCUGUGGAUGUUCAAGGAAACCAUUCACACUGCAUACACAUUAAUCAAACUGUAAUUGAAAGUACAGUGUUUAUUGUACAGUAAAAUCACAGGGACACGGUCUGAAGAAUCCUGAUGCAGAAUGAAGACUCACUGCCUGAUUGUCUUCUAUGGCAUUAAACGUGAUUUUUACUGUCUGUAAGCAUCAUUCAGCAUCAGGAAAUAAGAGAGGAUCUAAUGCUCAUAUGGUGGUAGUAGAAAAUGAGAGCUGUGGGGACUUUGUUAAACCAGAUUUAUAAAAUGAAGGUUAUGUGCUGGGCCAAGGGUAAACAACCCAUUAAUAAAUCUAUUGAAUUGGAAAGAGCCUUAUUAUCAUCAAUAACCUUUAAAUGAAAAAUGAUGAGGAGUAUGUUGAGACAAACGCUAGGCAGUUGUUGGUCCUCCAGACUUUUGUUUUAGCUGACUUAGACUCUUGGACGUCUUAACUUAAAAUUAUAGCUACUCUUUAUGUCAUAAGUUGGUAGAUACCUGGGAUAAUGCAUUAUGUUUUGUGAACUACACUUCCCAUGAUGCUCAGCUAGCCUUAAAGCUGGCUGAGCUUUAUGGGAAGUGUGCUUCACAAACAUCUGGGAAGCUAAAAUGAUCUAUCACAGACACAAUACGAAACUCUAAGCACCACAGUCAAGGCGGUUAUUAUACAUGGGAUCUUUGAGUGCAGUCUCUCCCUUUUCAAGUAAUUUUUCCGUGGUUUGUCAAAAAUAGGGUCCCAACGGACUACUGCUGUCAUAGAUGCCUAUGCGGAAUCAUACUUCCUCAUUAUCUUUUCAGAUUUGGAUAAGUACACU